CAUACUCAUACAGCACAGCUUCAAAUGGAAACUACGUCGAACUGAAAUACGUAGGUUACGAAGUAAACAUACGCUAAACCCUUCCAGAAGCCUCUAGUAUUGUCAAGGGUUUCGCUUAAGCCCUCGAUAUUCAAACUCGCGCAUAGCUAUAAACUCUACGGAGCUUGCACCGUUACUUCAUCUUCUGUAUUACGGCCUAGUGAUUCUUGGGUUUUCAGGGUUAAAGGCAUUUUGUAAGGGAUUUAGGGCUUAUAUUUAGGGUUUUAAGGGGCCCUUUCUAGGGUUUUACAGAGAUUUUUAGCAACAAUGGCGAAGAGGUUGAUUCCCUGCUUCAACAGAAUUUUGAUCGAGAAAGUGGUUGCCCCAAGCAAGUCUACUGGAGGGAUUUUGCUUCCUGAAAGCACUGGCAAGUUGAACUCCGGCAAGGUUGUAGCAGUUGGCCCUGGUGCUCGCAACAAGGAAGGGAACACCAUUCCUGUUAGCUUUAAGGAGGGUGAUCAUGUUCUUCUUCCUGAAUAUGGUGGUAGUGAAAUCAAGCUAGGAGACAAAGAGUAUCACUUGUAUCGGGAGGAUGACGUUCUUGGAAUUUUGCAGGAUUGAAUUUGGCAACAGUUAAGGUCUGCAGUUUUGAGUUUAAUAGUUAGGAUGAACUGUUGCAUCAAGCAAGGCUAAUGAAGCUUUUGGAGUUGAGAUCAGCUCAGAUGAUUGAUUUAUGAAUUGAUUGUUUAGAUUUCAUAGUAUUUGGUUAAGUGGUUAACUUUAAGCAAACUGAAAAAUUGAAUGUCAUCAAUUGACAUUAUUCUUCAAGGAAGUUGUUAUCAUGUAUUUUGGGAAAACACAAUAUUCAACAUGAACUCAAUCUGUUUGGAAAAUC